GCGCACUUCUUUUGAGCCACCUUGCCCCACGUCUUGCCCCAUCUGUACUGUACACACACGCCCGCGCCAGCUCUAGCGUGCGACGACAGCAAACCUUCCGCUAACCGCACUUGGUCCCUAGGUCGCGCGACGAAGCUCUGACCCGAACUUCAGCCGCGGCAUUCCCUUUUGCAACCUGCAGCGCUUCCUCACGAGUCACAGGGGUUCCAACCUCUGCUUCGACUCGCCCUCCCCUGCGCCCGCCACUCAUCCGUACAUUCGCGCUCUGAUGCUUAGUCUCGAGCCAUUCCAGUGUUCUAUGUUGGUGCAUGUCCUACCCGGGCACUAGCCUAGCUAGAUAGCCUGGGCCCUUCCGUGGGCCCUUCGUCGGCCAGGCCCGAGCAGAGCCGCGGGAAGCUGUAGGAGGACAGCGUGUUUUCAUUAUGCGCGUUCAGAUAACAUACAGCUUUGGUAACAAAGGUGCUGUGUACUCAUCCCUGUAAGCGGCCCGUGUCCGCGUUGAGUCGGCCCAAAACGGCCUGUCUCAUUGCAUUUCAUAGCACGGCAAAUCGCGCGCUUCGCUCUCUCUUAAAACUUUGAUGGCAGCCUAUUGUGCUCAUGUAUCAUAGUGCAUGAUAUCUCAACGCCACGCAUUGAAGUCACAUUGGCCCCACUCUGCUGCCUUCAUCCAUUUUGACUAGUGGGUUUGCGCAGCUGCCGCAGAGAAGUCCUGCCUCUCGCUUCGUCUGUCUUUCUACAACCCCUGAACACUCUGUGCGGCUCCUUGGCGUCCUCGCGAGAAGCGCAGAGGCCAGGGUUCUUUUCUAGGUCGCGAUUAUGGAGCCUGAACAACAAAGGCCCUCAUCAAAGCGCGUGUCUUUGACUGAGGUGCAGAAUGGUGGCAAGGUUGCUCGCACCACGGUCAUGAUGGCACCAGAGCGCACAGCCCAGGGUCCGGCCCCAAAUCUCCCGCCGGUUGAACAGUCGACGGCGGCAACCAUGAGCGGCACUGCCCGCGCUGCUCAACAACCGCCUCGGGCGGCCGCUAGCGCUCUUGGCACCGGCUCACGGGCGGGUCGUGUGAGCGCGGAGCAGGAGAGCGAUGACGACUUGGAUGGCAGUGGCGAUGAGGAGGGGCCGAGCACCGACGACGACCAGCGCGACGUGAGCCGUGGCGGCGAUGAAGGUGCCGCGGCUGCGACGGUGAAGGUGCCCAAGGGAGAGCGGAUCAUCAUGGUGCACGUGCCGUCGGACAUGCAGGCGCUGUCGCAACCGCAGCCGGCAGUGACCCUCACGCAGCGUGCCGUGCGGUCAGGAAAAUUUCAGCCGGGUGACCUCGUGUACUUGACGGCACGCGAGAAGGGCCAGUUUAACCAGUACAUCGCGCCGCUGCUACCGCGUGCCUCGCACACGCUGCCGGGCGACACCAGCGCGACGUGCUUUGCACUGGCUCGUGUCAAGGCCGUGCGCGCCGCUGGCGCUGAUGAGGGUGGAGGCCAAGAUGCUGACAAAAACCGCAAGUCCUGCGUGGAGCUGGAGCCGGGCUCAAUGGUGUGGAUUCGGGUGCCAUUGAAGCAACUGCAGUCUGACCUGGGCUUGCCCGAGACUGCCGCGACCCGCAGUCGUUCCACCAAGAAGUCUAACAUCAAGGUCCAGGUGCGCUACUACGCGCGCGUGGUGCGGGAGCAGGUUGGGCGUGCGGAGGAGGCCGCCGCCGCCGCUGCCGCAGGCGCGGCGGGCCGGCUGCCGCCCUCCCGCCUCCAGGGCGAGGUGCCGCCCUUCCCCGGCGGCAGGUUCCUGACGCUGCUGGCUCAGCUUGGCGCGGUCAACCGCGCCGGCACGGCGGCUGGCGGCGCCGCCGACGCAGCGGCGGCGGGUGUGGCCACCAGGAAGGGUGCGGCGGAGGACGCGCGGAGCGCCGCCGGCCGCAUGGCCAACCAGCAGCAGGUGAACGGCGGCGGCGCGGCCGCGGUGAUCACCACUCCUGGUCGCACACCUACCGCGGAUGCUGCCGCAGCGCAGGGCGCGGGCCCAAGCAGCACCGCCGGCGUGCCCAGACCCGCGCCGGCGACAGCGGUGCUAGCCGCCGGUGGUCACCAGGCGGCGCCUGCCACGGAGCAGCAGCAGCUCCAGCCGCGGGAGCUGCUGCCCGACUUCGAGGACAGCCGGAUGGGGGACGGCGCUGCGGACGUCUCGGGCGGCGUGUCGGUGGCCGCGCAGGGCGCCAUGGAUGACGCCGAUGACGCUGGGCUGCUGCAGCGCGGGCGGCGCCGCAGCAGCGAGGGGCGGGCUGGAGGUACCACGGCGGCGACCGCACCUGUGCCCCAUGCGGCGGGUGCCGCUGAUGUGGUGAUGGCAGAUGGCGCGGCGCACUCAAGCGGUGCCGAAGCUGAGGUCGCAGCGGCGCGCCUGACGCCGGAGCCGGUGAUGGAGGUGGAGGACCAGCAGCAUGUGGAGCUGUUGCGUCAGCGCAAGGCCAGGAAGCUGGAGGUGGAGGAGGCUGCGAGGAAGUUGGAAAUCAAGGAGCAGGAGCUGCUGGUUGCCAAGGCGCAGGCUACCGCUGCGGCCCUUGAGCGCGAUGCCGCAAAGGCCGCUCAGGCGGCGGCGGAAAAAAGGCGCGACGAAGAGGCAGCCAGGGCGGCACGCCUGGCACAGGAACUGGAUAAGUCAAUGGCUGCAGAGAAGACGACGGCAGAGGAGGUGAUGCGGCUGCGUCUGCAGCUGGCACAGAUGACGCAGAGCCGCGACACCCACAAGCGGCGGUACGAGGAGCUUAGCAAAGUGGACGACAUGUAAGGGCGGCGGUGCUCUUAUACAUGCUGCGCCCAGUGAGGCUGGAGGGUGGUGCAUGGCAUCUGUGUCAUGCGUCAGUAGCGCCUGUGUACGUGAGGGGUGGGGUUUGGAGUGUGGAUGAAUGGCACGUUGUUGCGUUGUUACGUUCAGGCUUAAGGCCGAUAAGGUCCAGCCAUCGGGUGUUGCUUGCCAGUCGUGGGGCGGGGCGGGGCUCUGGACGCAAGCUCGGAUGGGGUGUGCAGAAGUGCGCGACUUGGUGUCGAUUGGGGGAAGUCAUGAUGCAGGCUGUGAAUGCCUGCAACGCAGUAAUCCCGUGCGAUCCGGGGGCAGCGAGUCGCUGUGCGUAUAUUGAGCAGGGGUGCUCUUUGAUCAUGAGCAAGCUGUGCAUGCGCCUUAAAGACAUGGGCAGGAGUCUGUGCAGCAGUGGUGCGGUGAGCAUGUUGCCGUGAUUGCCUUUAUUGCCGUUUGCGUUUGGUAAAUAUGCCAUACAAGCUAUUCGGGCUUCUGGUAGCCCAAAGGCCGUGGGUGAUGCGAUGCGGCUGUGAAGCACGUGGUAGUGCAUUGGGGUGUGUGAACGGAACCAUACUGACCGAUAGCUGACGUGUGUGUACUCCAGGACGCUUCUAGAUACCGUGUUCAAGCCAUUUGUCAAGGCUAAUGGAUGUGGAGGCACUUGGGGACGGUCAGUGUGAUGUGGUUUAAAGCACGCCUAAUGCGGCAUGGGGUAUUCCUCGGCGGGAAUGGCGCCCCAGGAAGCUUGUGCGUGGCUGUCGGCGGGCUGUACUUCUACCAAACCGUACACGUGUUCGGAAGGGUGUUUGUAAUACAGAAACUGCCGACAACCAGUUGGCAACUUGAAAUAGCAGCUUCUUCCAAGAGUUCCG